AUGACUUCGGGAGAAGAUGGAAGACCUAAUGGCAGGCCGGCCGACGAGAACACACCUCUUGUGACCCGCGGGGCUAGCAGCCUGGGCAACAUGGGGAGCACGUUGACCACCAACAGCCAUGGACAAAAGUUCUCUGAAGACGAGCGCGCGUGGGUGCGGUGGCCGGCCAACUUCGUGCGCCUCACGUGGUUGACACUGGCGAGCAACUACGUCAAUGUCCUACUGGUCUGCGUGCCUGCGGGUAUCGUCCUGGGAGCGCUGGAUGUCAACCCAACCGCCAUCUUCGUCGUCAACUUCUUCGCCAUCGUACCUCUCGCGGCUUUGCUGAGCUUUGCGACGGAAGAGCUGAGUGUGAAAUUGGGACAGACCAUCGGUGGAUUGAUGAAUGCGACGUUUGGAAAUGCAGUCGAGUUGAUUGUAUCCAUUGUUGCGCUCAACAAGGGAGAGAUUCGAAUCGUCCAGGCUAGCAUGCUUGGCUCGAUCUUGUCGAACAUCUUGCUUGUCCUUGGCUGUUGCUUCAUCUCAUCCGGUAUGCGCCGUGGGGAGUCUCGCUUCAAUGAGACGGUUGCUUCGACCAUGUCAUCGCUCAUGGCGGUCGCUGCGACGUCUCUGAUCAUCCCAGCGACCAUGUAUGCGGCGUUGAAGCCCAGUGACAAGGAUUCCGACUCGAACAUCUUGGUCCUCUCGCGCGGUACGGCCAUCAUCAUGCUGAUCCUAUACUGCUUGUAUCUGUACUUCCAGCUUAAGACGCACGCCAGCCUGUUCGACGCCGAAGCUCAAGAGGGAGGCGAAGAUGGCGAGGAGAAGGAGCCGGAGAUCCUGGGUCCUGUCGCUGCCACAGUUGCGCUUGUCCUCGUCACUGUCCUGGUCGCAAUCUGCGCCGAAUACCUCGUGGACAGUAUCGAUUCCAUCGUCGCUUCUUCCGGCAUCAGCAAGACAUUCAUCGGUCUGAUUCUACUCCCGAUCGUCGGCAACGCAGCCGAACACGUCACGGCCGUGGUCGUCGCUUACAAGGACAAGAUGGAUCUCGCCAUUGGCGUGGCCAUCGGCAGCUCCAUGCAAAUCGCCCUCUUCGUCACUCCAUUCCUCGUCAUGCUCGGCUGGAUCAUGGGACAGCCCAUGAGUCUCCAUUUCCAGGGCUUCGAGACGGUGGUCUUCUUCCUCAGUGUCCUGGUCGUCAACUACCUGAUCCAAGACGGCAAGAGCAACUGGCUCGAGGGGUGCAUGUGCUUAGGCACGUACACUAUUAUCGCCAUUGCCUUCUGGGUGUACCCUGAGGAUGCGGGCGAUAUCUCGGAUUUGGUGUCGAACUUCUUUGGCAACUAA